CAAAAUUUUAUAAGCCGUGUUCAUUAUUAAUAAGUUCGUUCAUUUAUAAGAGUAUUAAUUCAUAUUUAAUAAAUACUUGUAGUUUCAUAAAAGUUCCUACAUCAUCUUUUUAAGUUACAUGUAAAGGAAAAAUACCUCGAAUUAGGAAGUGUGUGAUAAAAUCAUAUUUGUCGACAUAAUAUCGAAAAAUGAAUAAACAGCGCCGAAAUAAAAGUUUCUCUUGUAAAGCUGCUUCCCGCCGUAAUUUGAAGAAAAUAAAAAGUCAUCUGAAUUUUCUUUCAUGUUAUCCGAAUAUUCAAAUUUCCAAUGAUUAUCUCGAACAACAGUCAGCGACAUUGUUCUAUACUCGGAUGCAAUGUGAUAAUGAUAUCGAGAAUGAAAGUAGUCGGCUACCUUCAAGUGAAGAUGAUAUCACUAAGACAAUUUUUGAUAAUAAAACCGUUCAUGACAGUAAUAACGAUUACUCGGAAGACAGUAACAGAUCGUUAAUAGUAGAUAUUGAAAAUACUUAUAACAGAGUGGAUAGUGAUAAUAGUAAUCCUUAUUCAGUCAAUAAGGAAAAUCAGAUUCCUGAGAAUAAAAAUAAUGAAAGUGCAAAUAUCAACGGAGGAAUUGAUAAUAGUGUUCUAACGAAAAAUUGUGGUUCAUUUAAUGUUGCUAUUAAUUUCACUUCUAACAUUUUUAUGUUUCAAAAUAAGAAUACUACUGUGAAAGAUCAUCUAUUAUCUGUGGUGGCUUUAUCACUGAGGCAUCAUUUGAGUUAUGAAGCUAUUUUAGAUACGUUUAGAUACAUAAAUAUAUCGUAUGGAACUGCAGAAUUACCAACAACUAAACAAGCCUUUUGGAGAGCUUUAGGUCGUAAUAAUGCUCAAGUAAAAAAAUAUUUUUACUGUCAAGAAUGUGAUGACUUUUUAGGAAAAAAAUCAAGUAUUUCAAACAAAUUGGAACAACAGUGCUGCUGUGGUGCAUGUGGUCCUGAAAAAUCUAAUGUAUCCGAAGGUUAUUUUUUGUAUAAUAAUAUUAAAUCUCAAAUUCAACAACUACUGUCUACAGCAAGUAUUAUUGACGCAAUAAAAUAUAGAUUUCAACGACAGAAACGUGAUUCUAAUAAUUUGGAAGAUAUCUAUGAUGGAAGUAAAUACAAAAAAUUAAUUUCAUCUGGAAUUUUAAAAGAUUGGUACAAUUUAUCGUUGACGCUUAAUACUGAUGGAUGUCAAGUUGCUAAUUCAUCUAAUACCAGUGCCUGGCCAAUUUUCUUGCAAAUAAACGAACUUCCACCCCAUUUAAGGAAAAAGCAUAUGCUUCUAGCAGCAGUCUAUGUAGAUAAGAAACAUCCAUUAAUGAAUAAUUUUCUGCGACCAUUAAUGAAUGAGUUGCGUCAAUUAUAUCAAGAUGGAGUGUCUUGGAAAUUACCUAAUGGAGUAGAGAUAACUUCUAAAAUCAUUGUUACAAUGUGUUGCUUUGAUGCCCCAGCUCGAUCUGCCGUAACUCGUUUUGUACAGUAUAAUGGUUAUUUUAGUUGUUUAUAUUGCUAUAUUGAAGGUAAAUUUGUGUCAAAUAAGAAAGUUGUGUUUCCUGUCCUACAUAAUUCCAUAAAACUUCGAACAAAAUCGGAUAUAGAGGCAAAUAUGUACGAAGCUAGCGAAAUCGGACAGCCUGUUAACGGAGUAAAGGGUAUUUCAUCACUUAUAACAUUACCGUUAUUUGAUAUUAGCAAAGGAGUAAUAAUUGAAUCAAUGCACGCUGUGUAUCUUGGCGUUGUAAAACAACACACGACAUUAUUACUAACAAAAACAAAGGCACCUUAUUAUGUAGGAAGCCGUAAUUUGUGUGGAAUUAUAGAUAAUUGCUUAUUAUCUAUUAAGCCGCCUUCUCGCCGAUCGAGAAAACCUAGAUCUAUUUCUACUUACAAGCAGUGGAAAGCCUCAGAAUGGCGAAACUGGCUUGACUACGCUCCAAUUUGUUUAAAAAAAGUUUUGGGAAAGAAAUACGUAAAUCACAUUGCCCUUCUAUCAGAAGCAAUACACUCUCUUAACAAUGAUUCAAUUUCUGUAGGUGAUCUGGAACGUGCUGAAAAUUUAUUGAAAAAAUAUGUUUACCUAUUUCAAAAAUAUUUUGGGAUUAUAUCUAUCAGUUCCAACGUGCAUUUACUUAACCAUAUUGUUCAAUGCAUACGCAACUGGGGUCCUACAUGGGGAUACUCAGCUUUUACUUUUGAGGCUUGGAAUAAAAGACUACUAGAUAAACUUACUAGUUCACAUUGCCGAGCUGAACAAAUAAUCACACGUUUCUUAAUGGAAAAAUUUAUAAUAAAUUCGUCUUCUGAUCACAGUGUGUCUGUUGAAACAAGAAAUUACAUCAAAAAGCUUCUUAAAAUACCUGCUACGGACAAUAAUAUAGAUUCACUAUCAAAAUUCAAUUGUCUAGGCAAACCCGUAAAACGCUCGCCAACUUUUCAAGAAAUUGAAGCACUGACUGCAGCUGGAUAUUUUCCCGAUGAUUUGACAUGCUAUAAGAAAAUGAGUCUUAAUAAAGUAAAAUAUGAUUGCCAUUCUGAGGAAAGGAACGUUAAAUUCUGUAAUUCAAUAAUAAACGAUGGAAAUAAAAAUUAUGGAAUCAUACAAUCUAUUAUCAAGUUUACUCAUGAAAAUUCUAGCGUUUGUGGUUUACUAAUAUUAACUUUCAAUAAAGAAGAAAGUGCAUUUGAAACACGACAUAUAAGCAGAGUUGAAAUUUCUGAAAAUUUAGUUUUUAUUCGUGAAAAUUCUAAGAUAAAACCAGCAUGCCUCAUGAAAUCUUCAAGAGAAAGUUACAUUGUAACUCUUGCAAAUUGUUGGGAGACAGACUGAAUGAAAGUAUGAAAAAUGUCGAGAAUAUGAUUCCCCUAUAUCGAAAAUAUCUACAGACUAUUGAAAAUCACGAUUCCUGAGCUUCUUUUUUUAUCAUAUUUUUUUUUAAUUAAGUAUGAAAUGUAUCUCAUUUUAAUUAUUUUAUCA